AUGAUGAUGAGCUCCAUCUCCAUUGAAUCAUCAUCAUCAUCCCUUUCUCUUCUCCCUUCAUCUCAGAAGAAAUUCUCCGUCUAUCUCCGUUCGUAUCCGAACCGUAACCAGACAUGCUCGAUUGUUUGCUCCGGCGACAGAACGGCGAGGGUGAUGGCUAUGGAAAGAGUUAAUCGGCGGCGGCAGAGUCGAGAUUUUUCGGCCAGUGAAGCUAGGGUUUCUCUCGUUCUUGCUCUCGCCUCUCAAGCAUCCUCUGUAUCUCAACGCCUUUUGGCUGAUUUGGCGGUGGAGACUGCGAAAUAUGUGUUUCCGAAGAGGUUCAAUAGCUCGAAUCUCGAAGAAGCGUUCAUGUCUGUUCCGGAUCUCGAGACAAUGGAAUUCAGAGUUGUAAGUAGGACAGAUAAGUACGAGAUUAGACAAGUCGAGCCUUAUGUUGUGGCCGAGACUACAAUGCCAGGUGAAACUGGAUUCGACUUCUAUGGCGCUUCUAGGUCUUUCAAUGUGUUAGCUGAUUACCUGUUUGGUAAGAACACAGUGAAGGAGAAAAUGGAGAUGACGACUCCUGUUGUUACUCGUAAAGUCCAGUCUGUUGGCAAAAAGAUGGAAAUGACUACUCCCGUAAUAACUAGAAAGGCAAGAGAUCAAACGCAGUGGAAGAUGUCUUUUGUCAUGCCCUCAAAGUAUGGUUCAAAUUUGCCAUUGCCAAAAGAUCCUUCAGUCAAGAUUCAGGAGGUGCCACGAAAGAUUGUUGCUGUCGUCGCCUUCUCAGGCUACGUUACAGAUGAAGAGAUUGAGCGACGGGAGCAAGAACUAAGGAGAGCUCUUCAAAAUGACAAGAAGUUUCGAGUGAGAGAUGGAAUUUCAGUUGAAGUUGCACAGUAUAAUCCACCAUUCACUCUCCCGUUUACCCGCCGGAACGAGGUCUCUCUCGAAGUCGAAAGCAAAGAAGAUUAG